UCCGCCUCCGCGCGCGCGGCGCUCGCAGAGCCGACUCCGGGGGGCUCUCGAUGUAGCACCAUGACAGGCAUCGCCGCCGCCUCCUUCUUCUCCAACACCUGCCGCUUCGGGGGCUGCGGACUCCACUUCCCCACGCUGGCCGACCUCAUCGAGCACAUCGAGGACAACCACAUCGAUACAGAUCCACGUGUCUUAGAAAAGCAGGAGCUGCAGCAGCCGACCUAUGUGGCCCUCAGUUACAUUAAUAGAUUCAUGACAGAUGCUGCACGCCGAGAACAGGAAUCUCUGAAGAAGAAGGUUCAGCCGAAGCUUUCACUAACCCUGUCCAGCUCCGUGUCUCGAGGGAAUGUGUCCACUCCACCUCGACAUAGCAGUGGAAGCCUUACUCCCCCUGUGACCCCGCCCAUCACUCCCUCCUCUUCAUUCCGCAGCAGCACUCCAACAGGCAGUGAGUAUGACGAGGAAGAGGUGGACUAUGAGGAGUCAGACAGCGAUGAGUCCUGGACCACAGAGAGCGCCAUCAGCUCUGAAGCAAUCCUCAGCUCCAUGUGCAUGAAUGGAGGGGAAGAGAAGCCUUUCGCCUGCCCAGUUCCUGGGUGUAAAAAGAGAUACAAGAAUGUGAAUGGCAUAAAGUACCAUGCUAAGAAUGGUCACCGAACACAGAUUCGCGUCCGCAAACCAUUCAAAUGCCGGUGUGGGAAGAGUUACAAGACAGCUCAGGGCCUGCGACACCACACAAUCAAUUUCCAUCCCCCGGUGUCUGCCGAGAUGAUCAGGAAGAUGCAGCAGUAACGUGCUGGUCAGAACUGUGCCAAGAAAUCCUCACCAGCAGUUGCUGAUUUUGAAAACAGCCACCUUUUUUCAGGGGAAGCACUCAGCAACCCUUUAAUGAAAAAUAAUUAAAUGCAUGCUUUAAACU